UCUCUUUGAAAGCUUUUGUACUUCUGGCGGAUAUACUGUUGCCGAUUGCUGACGGCUGAAAAAUGGCUUCACUGGGGCGCGUCCUCACACUUCGAUUCGGCGGUGUCAACUACAGUCGGACCAUCCGUCCACUUUUAUCAGUAAGACUGAGGACGCCUGCCCUUCUGCCCACUGUGUUGUGCAGUUCUCUCCCAGAUCCCCCUCCACCUCCUCCAGUAAUUGAGGUUCAGCAUCGUUAUGGGCGGCCCGUGCUCCAGCUCAUGCUGCCGUCUCGUGGAGAGGCGUGUCGAUUCCCCCUCAGACCCAUGGUCAUGACCGUGGCUGACUUCCUGUCAGACAUAGAGAAGGAGGACUCCGGAGUCACGCACACCGCACUACUCACAUCAGAUGGAGAGAAGGUGUCCUCCUGUACGCUGAUGGACUCUGUCCUGGGCCAAAACUUCCAGCUGGUCAUCAAUGACACCACGUACAGCGUAAUCUCCGGACCCAGCGAUGAGCUGUGCCAUGAGCACCUGACGGGUCUGGAGGACGUGAAGCAGGUGGUCCAGAUGCUCUACUGCGCCCUGCACCUGCCCGACCACCAGAGGCUCAAGGAGAGACAGCUGCUGGAGAGACUGGACACACUCUCACAACAGCUGCAGCCAAUGGAGAAGGCUCGUGCACACCUUGAGUUUCGAGCAGAGAAGGAUGCCAGGCGUUACGUGUGGGGGGGCCUGGCCUACAUGUCCCUGCAGGGAGGCUUCAUGGGCUGGCUCACCUGGUGCGUCUUCUCCUGGGACGUCAUGGAGCCCGUCACCUACUUUAUCACCUACACCUGGAGCAUGGGCCUCAUGGCCUACUUCAUACUCACACAGCAGGGGCAGAACUCCAAUGAGCCCGUGUCAGCAUCCAAUCAGGAGUUCAUGUACGCCGACGCUAAAGAUCGCCACUAUCUCACCAGCCUCUACAAGGCCGCGGCCAGAGAGGGCUUCGACAUCAAACACUACAACCAGCUCAAGAAGGAGCUCAGCUCGGUGGAGUAUGACUUGCGGCGACUGAGAAAUCCCAUCAAGCUCCAGCUACCAGUGGAGCAGGUGCAGGACUGAGACGGACACAUACACACUCGCACUUGUAUACACACAUGCACACACACACACUCCCAUGCACAUACACACACACGUAAGUGCAGAACUGAGACGGGUACACACAUACACACACAGGCCAAAUAUAAUAUGGGCAAUACGCUCCCACCUCCCCCAUUCUCCCUUCCAUUGGUUGUAACAAGUCCCUAUGCGUCAUCAGUUAUAAUCCAGUGCCACAUAUUCCAAAUGACUUGGUUAUACCUGUCCAAUUCACCCAGCUGAUUGCCUGGUUGAAUGAACACCUGGUUGAAAUGGACAGGUCAAAUCACAUCAUUUGAAAUAUGUGGCACUGGAUUGUUAGCUAAAGACUCCGUGUUGUGCAUCACUGCUUAUGCUCCACAAAUAUGUGCCUUUGAUUAUAACUGGAGAUUAUUGAUGUCUGUUCUUAUUAUUUCAUUUAUGCAAUGCCACUAUUACAUUUUCUUUGUUACUUACAAACUUUAAUUUGUUUACUGUUUAGAGUUCUCAAAAUGGGGUUGCACCUUCUCACAUGGUGCCUGGGAGAGAUUACAGAAUUUGAAAACUGGAGCACUACUGCCUGUUACAAACCUUUACGUAAUGUCAUGUCAAAUGUUGUGUUUUUUUUGUUUGCUGUUUGUCUAUUUGUUACAGUCCUUUGUAUGUUUUUUGAUACAAGCUCUGUUUAUUUUUUACAAGCGCUUUUGUAUGUUUUGCUAUGAGCUUUAUAUGUGUUUUCUACCUGACUGUAGAACUUUUCAUGAUGCAGAAAUUAUUUAGAAAUAAAAAAAAAGCUAUUUUGCAAU